AUGUGCUACCCCAAGGUUGUUCAUGUGAAUGUUCACAGAAUGGAAGCAUAUGUGGAAGAAAUGACCAGUGGUGACACAAUCUCUACCAUGAACAUUCAAAAGGACCAGAAGAGCCAUAUCAAGGCUCUGUAUGAAGGUGUUGUCUGUUCGCUGAGGAGGGGCCCUGACCAUCCCCAUCAACAUGCCAUUCUUCAUGAAAUUGCCAUGCCUGGAAUGACUUUCAAGGACAAGAACACUCUCCUCACUGGUGUCAGCAAAGGUUCCAUUGGUGUUGAGAUCUUAAAGGGCCUCAUUUCCAGUGGCGCCCAUGUUGUUAUCACCACUUCCUGCUACAGUCACUGCACUGUGGAGUAUUACCAAGACAUUUACCAAAGGUUCAGUGCCCAGGGUUCAGCACUCACUGUCAUGCCCUUCAAUCAGGGGUCCAAGCAGGAUGUUGAGGCACUUGUCGACUAUAUCUAUGCUACUCUUGGCAUGGAUCUCGACUACAUCCUUCCAUUUUCUGCUGUUCCAGAGAAUGGGCAUGAGAUUGAUGGCUUGGACAACAAAUUGGAGCUUGCUCACCAUAUUAUUAUGCUCAUCAACUUGCUGCAGAUCUUGGGUGCCAUCAAGACCAAAAAAGUGUCCAGUCAGCUCGUUACUUGGCCUACCCUGUCCAAGAUCUCGCUUGAAACCUUGUUCAACUGCUGGAACUCCAAAAGCUGGGGUGAAUAUCUAUGCCUGGCUGGUGCUGUGAUUGGAUGGACCUGCAGUAUGGGUUUGAUGGAUGCCACCAAUAUAGUCACUUGGGAAGUCAAAGCUUAUGGUAAUGUCAAUGUUGUACCUUGUGCUAACUUCAAGUUUGAUCUCCCUACUCUCAAACCUGCUUCUGCCUUCGAGGAACUCAGCAAAUCACAUGGUAUCAUCAACUCAGAAAAAGUCAUCAUCAUAACUGGGUUUGCUGAAGUCAGCCCAUGGCAUAGUUCAUGGACUCAGUGGGAGAUGGAAGCUCAUGGAGAAUUCACUAUUGAAGGUUGCAUUGACAUGGCACAGAUCAUGGGCUCUAUUAAGCACUUUGACAGCCACCUCAAAGACAGUACUCUACAUGUUGGUUGGGUAGAUGCCAAGACAGGAGAGCCUUAUGAGAAGGAGAUUCUCAGUCAUGCCAGUGUCUGUCUAAUUGGUGCAUAUCUCUCCUUUCCCUGUGAUCUAUUGUUGAACUCGAAAUGUAGAUUCCCUGAAUUGUUCUGUGGGUAUGAUCCCAAGAAGGUGUUCAACCAGGAAAUCAAACUGAUCCAUGACCAGGCAAGCUAA